AUGCAAACAUAUGACCCCUCUCAUGUUGCAGGUACUGCCUGUGUGGCUACCAGCUUGGUGGAUGGGUGUGGCAACCCAGUGGUACUGGUAGACUGCCCCACCCCUUCCACAUCCUCACAACUCUCCCAGGCUGACUUUGAGAACCUCAUCACCACGCAGAUCUACCAACCAGUGCAGACCAAGAAACCAGGACCAACAGCUCUGAUCCAGUUCUUCAUCUGGAGGCGUGGCAGUGUGGACCUCGCCCAGCAGCUCCAGCAGGCAGUGGAACACGCCCUCUGUGACACGCUGACAGAGUACUGUGUCCUGACCGCACCCAUGGGACACAUCCCCGGCGAUCAGCUUAGGCCCAGAAGGGAACAUCAGAUGACAUCUCCGCCUUUGUCCCCAACUCUGAUUGUUCGCCCUGAUCCAAACCGACACAUGUCCAGCGAGUCAAGGAAGAAGCCUAUGAGCUCACCAGUCAACAUGAAGCGAUCUAUGUCGGUUGGGGAGAGUCCCCAGUUCUUUGGAACCGAUAUAAAACUCCUUCUCAAGAGAAUGCAAAAGCGGUCUCAGUCAGUGACUCCUGGUCUGAUCGCCAGCGGAAACGCUCCAUCUGCAGAGUGCUCCCCUUCCACUGGCCCCCUGGGGCGGGCAAGGCGUCUUGCAGAGGGGACGUCGCCCCAGCAUUCUCCGGCCUCCUCUCGACCUCACACGCCCACCAAACACAAGUUUAUCAGAGAGUUUAGUCCAAAGGAGACCACCGUGGAAGGCAAGACAAGCUGGCAGAUCAUCGAGAUGGAGCGGAGACAGGAGGAGGAGGCAAGGGAGCGUAGCCGGGAGGCCGAGGAGGGGAAGAGAGGCAUCCUACAUCCCAUGUACUCUGGUCUCGCUCUCCGGUGGUUCCCGUUCAUGGAGGAAUUGGAUGCGCCCUCUGUCAAGGUUCUGAGCGCCAGACUAUCCUGUCGCUUCAGUCUGGGGACAUUCCUGCAGGAGUUCCUUGACAAACUUGGUAAGGUGUGUACAGACUGCACCCACAAGCUCUACCAAGCCAGCGGCCAGGAGUUCAAGUCUUAUGACCCUCCACCCAGUAAGAUCCAGGAGUCUGAUGUGCUCAACUACGGGCAGUCGUUACCAGGAGGUGAAGAGACGUUCAUUCUGAUUGGACGUAAUGUCCACCAAUGGCGUUACAGCUUAGACUCCAGCUCGCUUGAUGAACCUCUUCAACCGCCGAACCUCACCAACCCUAAGAGUCAAAAGAGUUUCCAGCAGUUUGACCCCCUGGAUAUAUUGUCCUUGGGCAGCAGUGAGCGCAGUGGACUACCUGGUCUGAAGCACCCUCCUCAGUCCAUGAGACUAGUCGUACCCAGACAGAGGCUUCUUCUCUUGCAUGCCACUAACAAACAGUUGAAGGUGUUCAUCUACAACUGGUCCAACGACAAGCUGAGCUCCGUGGACAAGCUCUUCCAACGCCUGGUCAUGUGGCACAACACGAGGGCGCACUUCCUCGACUGCUUGGUCAGUCAGAAGAUGGGACUCUACCAUCACUGUCACUUUGGCUCUAAUCAGGGUGAUAACCCUUUCUCCCGUUCUUUGGAGCCCAUCGAGUCGCUCGUGAAGCAGCCCACCCUGCCCUCCAGGGACUUCUCCACCCGCUCCCUCCCUGCCACCACGCGCCCCUCCCACCUGCGCAGGCUGCACCCUGCUCUGCCCCCGUUUGACCAGACGCUCCAGAACACCAGGAUCAAGCGCCCUCUCCAGGGCUCGCCGCACAAACUGCUCCACGAUCCGGUGUCGAGGAACGCGGCUCAGUUUGGAGAGAUGUGCAGGAAUACACGCAAGGAACUGGAGGUGCAGAAGGACUUAGAGACCCUGUACAAGACAUGGGAGAUCCUUAAGAGAGGCCCUCGGUCGAGACAGCCGGUCUGUAAGAUCAGUGACUUGAUGCUGGACCUGCUCAAACAGCGGUCAAGGCUCGUCCACUACUGUGCCACGCCCCUCCUGCUUGACCCCCACUGGAGGGACCACAUGAAGUGCAACAUGAGGGGCGGGGCCCAGGAAGACCACCCGGACAAACCUACCAAUGAAGCUCCCUGGCACAACGACCUCAAGAACAACAUGGUGUCCCAGUAUAAGGACUUCCUCAAGUGGCAAGGCUUCAUCAGUGUGCAUACUUCACCAACGCAUAGUCGACAAGUACCCAAGCUUCUGCAUAGUCGAGGUAGCUCUGAACAGCAGCACGCCAGACGUCUCAGCGGCCUGAAACGCCCCAGUGAGACCGGAGUAGAAGGUCACCUUCAGAUCACCUCGCCAGGGGGUGUCAUUCUCAUUGAGCUCUCCUUCAAGCACAUCUAUUUCUGUGUGAAGCUGUAUGCCUUUGAGAGCUCCAGACUACCAGCAGGAAAGACCAUCAACAAAGAGUUGGCGACCCUCUUCACCGACGACUGCGACAAGUACAAGGAUCUGAUCCACCUACACUCGUCGGCCUACGACUUCCACCUGCGCACCAUCCAGUCCUAUCUCUUCAAUCCCGACAUGGGAUUCCAGUCCCAUUAUCACGUCUCCAGCUUCCUGGGGAGUUUCAUGAAGUACUACUCGAUGCCCCCACACUUCAGACAGAACUACAUCAAAAAAGACACCAUCCAGUUCCUGAGCCUGAACACACCAGCCCCUCAGCUGUAUGAAUACCUUGUCAACCACCCACCCGCCAGCUGGCGGAAGCUAGUCAUGGUCCACCCCUCCUCCACCGCCACGCCCGAGUGUGCAGGAGGACCACCCAGCGACAGACAGGAGCUGCACCACGCCCUGUGCCGCAUCCACGGCACCGUCCAUCCCCUCUUUCAGGAUCGCCAGAGCAACCGCUUCCCAGAUGACAUCAGCGUGGUGGUGGCGUGGGACGAGGCCGAGUACCGCUGCCAGACGAGGCCCAACUCACCGGCCGUGGGAGGAGCCACAGGGUCGCUGUCGUCGGGCGAGGGUAUGGCUGUUUACCACAAGAACAUGCUGCAGCUAGAGUUCUACGUCAUCGUGACCAAUCGCAAGGAUAUCUAUCCACAGAAGACCGUGAAGCCUGUAAGAACAGACGACCCCUUCCUGCCCAAAUCGGCGUUCCUCCAGCGCUGCAGGCUGGGGGAGACGGAGGCCUUUGCGGAGCGGGAGCGCAUCUUGGCCAUGCUGACCAGUGCUGAUAUCAACUGCAGGAGGGACUCUCUCUGGGACCAGCUCAUGAUGUGGGACAUGGAAGACAUGGACGCCGUGGCAACCACCUCCACCAAGAAGGGCAAGAAGAGGGACAGUGCAGAGGAGGACGAUUCACAGACCGCCAUGUCCUAUCCAGAGUUCAAGGUCCUCCUAGGGUGCGUCCACCACACCCCUCUCACCAACCUGGACCCCUCCCUCAAGCCCCUCCUCACCAACAGCUCGAGCUGGUACACGGAGCUGUUCCGCGCCCUGAGGGCCAGUCGGUACCCCAUCAUCACCCGGUACGUCACCAGUGAGGACGGCAGGGUCAAGCAUCUGGUGCUCCUCCUGGCCGACUCCUGUAACCAGGUGGUUCUCUUCACCAUCGACGAGAACACAGCGGAGUUGGAGAUGAUCAGCAAGGAACGUCCUGCCAUGGUACCCGACGGUGACGGCAACAUGACGAUCAUCUUGGACAUUGAGAUUCAGAAGUGCAUUGAGAACAUCAUCAACGCCAUUGGCUUUCAUCUGUGGACAACAGUCUUCUGAGUGAGUUGGUGAUGGUGAUGGCAACAUGACGAUCAUCUUGGACAUUGAGAACAUUACCAACGCCAUUGGCUUUCAUCUUUGGAUAAUGGUCUUCUGAGGAGCAAGGAGCGUCCUACCGUUGUACCAGAUGAUGAUGGCCACUUGACGAUCAUCUUGGACAUUGAGACUCAGAAGUACAUUGAGAACAUCAUCAAUGCCAUUGGCGUCAGUUUCAUCUUUGGACAACAGUCUUCUGAGUGAGUCGGUUCUUGGGCAUUGAGCGUCAGAAGCAUAAUAGAGGCUAUUAUCAGCAACAUCCGUCGCUGGAAGAGACCUUGUCCAUCAUCCGUGGACAACUUCCUUCUGAGCUGGAUGGAUGCUGGACACCAAGGCUUUGAAGCAUACAGAGAAUGUCAUCGGUGGGUUCAACCUCUGGACAAAAGAGUUAAGGUGGCAAUAGGACAAUCAUCCUCUCUGCCGAGACUCGGA